ACAGCUAUGGCGGAGGGGGAAGAGGCGCCGCCGCCAUCGCGCCGCUGGGAAAAAGAUCUUGCGGAAGCUCUAGAAGAAGGAGGCUGUGAUCUCGAAACCGUGAGAAACAUCGUUCAAGGAAGACGAUUGCCUGCUGAUCUGAGGGCCAAAGUCUGGAAGAUUGCACUUAAUGUUGUAGGGAAGGGAGACAGCCUGGCAUCCUGGGAUGGAUGUUUAGACUUACCAGAGCAGAGCAUAAUUCAUAAAGACUGCCAAGAGCUAAUCGACCAAUUAUCAGUGCCAGAAGAGGAGAAGUCAGUAUUACUUUUGGAUAUCGAGUCCAUUAUAACUUUUUAUUGUAAAUCACGCAAUGUUAAAUACAGUUCUUUCCUCGGCUGGAUACAUCUACUCAAACCUUUGGUGCACCUUCAGCUGCCUCGCAGUGAUUUGUACAACUGCUUUUAUGCUAUCAUGAAUAAAUUCAUUCCAAGGGAUUGUUUCCUGAAGGGAAGACCAUUCCAUCUAUUUAGGCUGCUGCUUCAGUACCAUGAGCCUGAACUCUGCUCCUUUCUUGAUACUAAGAAGAUGACGCCAGACUCAUAUGCACUCAACUGGCUUGGAAGCCUUUUUUCAUAUUACUGUUCAGCUGAAGUCACUCAGGCAAUAUGGGAUGGAUAUCUACAGCAAGCAGAUCCAUUCUUUAUUUAUUUCUUAAUGUUAAUCAUCCUUGUCAAUGCAAAGGAUGUUAUCUUAGCACAAGAAACAGAUAAAGAAGAAAUGAUAAAAUUCCUAGAAACUUCACCAGCUAAUCUCGAUUUAGAAGAUAUAGAAGAUCUCUUCUCUUUGGCACAAUAUUAUUGUAGCAAAACUCCAGCUUCCUUCAGGAAGGACAACCACACUCUUUUUGGCAGCAGCCUGCUGGGCCUCAAAGAUGACGACACUGAUUUGAGCCAGGCUCUCUGUCUAGCAAUUUCUGUGUCUGAGAUUCUUCAAGCAAAUCAGCAACAAGGAGUAAUUAUUCCCUUUCAGGAAGGUGUAAGGUUCUUUGUAGUGGAUUGUCGUCCCGCAGAGCAGUACAACGCUGGCCAUUUAUCAACGGCAUUUCACCUAGACUCAGACUUGAUGCUUCAAAACCCAUCAGAGUUUGCACAGUCUGUCAAAUCCCUCUUAGAAGCUCAAAAGCAAUCCAUCGAGUCUGGCUCCAUAGCUGGUGGGGAGCAUCUCUGCUUCAUGGGAAGUGGCAGGGAAGAAGAAGACAUGUAUAUGAACAUGGUGUUAGCACACUUCUUGCAGAAAAAUAAAGAGUAUGUAAGCAUUGCCAAAGGAGGCUUUAUGGCUCUCCAGCAGCACUUGGCAGAUAUCAAUGUGGAAGGACCAGAAAACGGAUACGGACACUGGAUUGCCAGUACCUCGGGCUCAAGAAGUAGCAUCAAUUCUUCUGUCGAUGGUGAUUCUCCUAAUGGUUCAGGUGAUGGAAAAGGAGUCAAGUCCUUGGUGAAUAAAAUGACGGUUGCUUUGAAGACCAAGUCUGUGAAUGUGAAAGAGAAAGUUAUUAGUUUUAUUGAAAAUACAUCUACACCAGUGGACAGAAUAUCUUUCAAUAUUCCCUGGCCAGAGAGAGCAAGCCUGGAGCGACACAUCAGCAGCAGUGACAGGGUGGGAAAGCCCUACCGUGGCGUGAAGCCAGUGUUCAGCAUUGGCGAUGAAGAAGAGUAUGAUACAGAUGAAAUUGAUAGCUCCUCAAUGUCAGAUGAUGAUCGAAAAGAGGUUGUCAACAUCCAAACGUGGAUAAAUAAGCCUGAUGUGAAGUAUAAUUUCCCCUGUAAUGAAGUAAAAGAAAAUGGACAUAUGUUUCCCAGUCACCUGCUCGUCACUGCAACGCACAUGUACUGUUUGAGGGAGAUACCGUCGCGGAAGGGAUUGGCUUACAUCCAGUCUCGCCAGGCACUGAACUCCGUAGUCAAAAUCACAUCCAAGAAGAAACAUCCAGAACUGAUCACCUUUAAAUACGGGAACAGCAAUACUUCAGGCAUAGAAAUUUUGGCAGUUGAAAGGUAUUUGAUUCCAAAUGCAGGUGAUGCUACCAAAGCCAUAAAACAACAGAUCAUGAAAGUGUUGGAUGCCUUGGAAAGCUGAUAACUAAAGACUUUUCAGAGAAUGGUUUGYAAAGAAGAAGCAACCAAGAUACUGUAUGUGGACACAGGCUCACACCUUCCCAACUGAAUACUAACUUAAGAGAAUUUUUCUGUUUGCUAAUGGAAGUACCUGAAUAGCAGGCUUAAGAUAGGGUAAAUUAUUAUCAAUUUCUAAGCAGUUUUUAAAUUUUUCUUUUGAUUAAUAUUUUCUGGUUUUGCAGAAAUGUUUAUUAUAAAGGUCAGUUUGUUUCACUUUUAAAGAAGCUUUAAUGUGUAUGAUAUGCAUCUUUGUAAGAGAGGAUAGAGAAUGUAGUUGUGUUCAUAUGACUGCGUUAAAAGAAAGUAGAACUGUCAGGUAUGGAGUAACAGUAGAAAACAAAGCUGUCUUACAUGAUUCAGAUGUCUGGUAGUAAAAUAUCUCCAUAACCUGCAGUUUCUAAAUUUGAUUUUGCCUCCUGGACAGUAUCAAGGACUGAUUAAAGACACUCCAGUUUGUAAACAGAGAAGGUAAAAUCUUAGAAAUACUGCUUUCUUCUCAUUAAAAGUGAUUGCAUCUAUUUAAGUGCACUGGAACUCCAGAUGAAUGAAAAAAAAAAAAAUACUGUGCAAUUAACUUUUUAAGAUGUCCUACUAGGUUAAAUAAUUGGAAUUGGUAAGUGCAUUUUAAAAUACCAAGCUGAAUUGUACAUACUGAUAAGCUUCAUACAGGUGUGCAAGCUUGUAAUUAUGCAAAAUUUUACAUUUCAUGGGUUGAGACGGUUUCUCAUGUAAAAGUGAGCGUAGAGUGAGGUUGGAGUUUAUGCUUCAUAACAAAAUAUAACAGUCAGCAAAUAUUCUGGAUCCUCAGAAGUGAAAAGUCCAAGCUAUUAAUUGGAGUUGUUUAAAAAAAGAAAGAGAAAAAAGAAGAAAAAAAAACCCUUCAACACAGAGUUUAAAUGCUAUUGAAUGUCUUUUUCUGCAAGAAAAUUAAACACACACAGUGAUUCAAGUGCUGUAUGUCUGUGCUAAAUGUAUUCAGGACCUUUUGCUUUUGUUGGUUUAAUCAUAGCUUUAUGUUCUUUAAUUAGCAUCUUCUAAAGAAGGUGGUGCUUGAGACCUGCAACUGUGUUACUACUGUGCAUCUGCAGCUCUCUGCUUCAUCCAGGGGUGGUUGUCUCGCCAUCAAGUCUAGUCCAGGAAUGUGCAAAUUUGCAAAAACUGUGGGAUAAUGGUGAAUAGGAUUAGCUGUAUUUUGCAGGGUCUUUUGAGUAGUUGAGUCAAAACCCAUGGACUGGUACAACUCAUGAGAUCAAAUUAAUGAAACUGACCUUUAUAAAAAACAGCUAUUCUAAGUUAUUUUACUAGGAAUCAAGCUGAGGCACCUUAAUUCUGGGACUUUUUU